UUAGAACGUAAAAAUAUACAGAAACUUGGAGAACAAGAAUUAUUAGGCGAUAGAAAAACAUCUUGGCAUGAUCAAUAUAAAAAUAGUGCUUGGAUUUUUAUUGGUGGAUUACCAUAUGAUUUAACAGAAGGUGAUGUAAUAACAGUAUUUUCUCAAUUUGGAGAAGUUGUAAAUAUAAAUUUAAUUAGAGAUAAAGAUACAGGAAAGCAAAAAGGAUAUGGUUUUUUAUGCUAUGAAGAUCAAAGAAGUACAAUAUUAGCUGUUGAUAACUUUAACGGUACCAAGAUUUUAGGCAGAACAAUAAGAGUUGACCAUGUCUCAAAUUAUAAAGCACCAAAAGAUUCAAAAAAUAUUGAUGAAGAAACUAAAAAAUUAAGAAAAGAAGGUUGUGCUCCAAAAAAAUAAUAAAAAUAGUUAUUAAUAAUAUGCUAUUAUUUUUAAUAUAAAUUAAAUUGUUUAUGAUAUUAUAUAAAAUUGCAUAUUAUAUUUUUACAAAAAUAUUUAAAUUUAAUUUUUAAGAAAAAA